GGUAAAGUAGGUUGAGCUUGUGUUAACCACUGACCAUAAACACUUUAUAAAACCACAAACGGCAAUACUGACAGAUAGGAGUGGUCUAAUUUCAGAAAAUGACACCAAAAAGAGUCACUUAUACAAUUCAAUUAGUACAAAUAGAAAAUUUGGCAGCAUUUCCCCCAUGUUGAAUUUUUUUUUACAAUCCUGCCUACAUCAAUACAUCAAAUGCCUAAAGUUACAAACAAGCACAUUAAAAUAGGUUCCAAUGAUUUGAAAACUAUUAGAGAACAACUUGGGUAGCACUGCCCUGUAAAAACAUCUGAAACGUAAUAUGUUUGGUUAUCAAUUGAAGACUGUAGGCAUGUCAUAAAAUAUUGAUAUAUCGAUUACUGAUCAGGAUGUUAUUUUCUCUAUAUGUUUUUGAGGCAUCAAUACAUUAACAUUAGCCGACAUUUAAAUUAGAAGCCUAAUUUGUAAAGUACAUCUGCAAAAUAAUUUUUUUUUCUCUUUGUCAUUAUAACUCUCUUAAGUUUACCUCAGAGAUUCCCUUCUCACUCUCAGAAUAGCGCUGCCUACAGAAGACUCUUCCUACCUAGCAACAGCCUUUGAAUGAGACACUAACUGUCAGUCUGUUAAAUUUAUUCUGGUGUAAUAGCUUUGGGAGACCACAAGAGGGUGUGUAUAGUAUUUACUGAAGCCGGUCAUGGGCAGGACAGGGCACAGAUAUCUUGUGCACGCACGCACGCACAGGACGCGUCGAUGUGGCAGGUGUGAAUCUAGUUACCAUCCACACAAAUAGGGCUGAAACGAUUAGUCAUCAUUAUCGACAAUAAAAAAUUGUCGACAAAUAUUUUUGUUGUCAAAUAGUCGUUUGAUCUCAUAUGACCUAAUAAUGUAAGGGCCUGCAAUAUCGCAUUUUGACCACUGCAGCGCUAGACUGUAAUGCAGCCCCCCUACGAAAUCCAAUAGAAGAAAAACAACACGGCGCGAGUUAUGACGGAGUGCAAACGAAGUCGCACUAGUAGAGUUUGGGAAAGUUUUACAAAACUUCAAACAAAAAAUGCAGUCGUGUGUAAUACAUGCAAGGCAGAACUUGCUUUUCAAUUGAGCAUUUGAAGAGGAAACAUCCCGGCACGAGAGGGGAUGGAAACGGUGAGAGGUGAGUGUGCUCCAGCUUGAACUAACUAGUGUUGAAUCUUUUUAUUAUAGAAUGCAAAAAUAAUUAUAAUAAUAAUAAUAAUAAUAAUAAUAAUAAUAAUAACAAUUGCAGUUAAAUGAUAGUUUGGUUUGCAUAGAUUAAAGCUUGAACGAGCUCAGGAGUCAGGACUGUUUUGAUUAUCAUAACACUGUAAGGUAUUAUAGGAAAGUGAUUAUAGGAAAGGUAAGUGAUAAGAGUCUUUAUUUUGUUCCAUAUUCAUAUGACUUUCAAAAGAUGUGUUAAGCAGAAUGAUGCAUCAGUUAGUCAGUUGUCAUUAUGAAUGAGAAUGUCUCUCUUCCUUUCAUCUUGUUUGCAGAUUAAUAUGUUAGCAUUCUAUGUGCCCUUAAGUAAAUGCCCCUUUUUCUGUUUCAGUUAAAAGAAAAGCAGUGGUCCUAUUGAUGACUUUCUUUUGAGGAGGAAUUCUUGUACUCCUCAGCAAGCCGCCACUCUUACAGAUUCAAUUCUGAACAUGAUUGUUAAAGACACGAGACCUCUUUCCAUAGUGGAUGGACAAGGCUUUCGUGAAAUGGUUUCUGCAUUCAACUCUGGAUAUAUCCUUCCAUCAAGAACACACUUUAAAAAACCUGUCAAAAGGUUAAAGAAACUAUUCAGGAUGGAAGAAGCUUCAUUGCACUGACAGCUGACAUUUGGACUAGCCUUGCUACAGAAGCAUACCUUGGUGUCACAUGUCACUUUAUCAAUAAAGACUGGAAAAUGAAGACUCUCACACUAACAACAAUGCCUCUUGAAGUACGACAAACUGGUGCCAACAUUGCAACAUGGCUGGAAGAGGUUGUUGCAAAAUGUAACAUUCCAGUAAACAACAUUAAAGCAGUUGUCCAUGACAAUGGAUCCAAUGUUGUGGCUGCAAUGAAAAUGCUGGCAGACAAACAUAAUUGGGUCUCUGUCCGCUGUACUGGACACACACUUCAGCUUAUUGUGAACAAUUCCCUUAAAGAGACCAGCAUCUGCAAAGCUUUGGGAGCUGCAAGGACCUUGGUUGAACAUUUUAAGAAAAGUGAACUGGCCCAUACUAAGCUGAAGGAAAAGCAGCAGCAGAUGAACACACCAGAGCAUAAGCUGAUACAAGAUGUCAGUACCCGGUGGAACAGCACCUAUUUUAUGGUGGAGAGACUACUGGAGCAGCGCUGGCUCAUUAUUGCCACACUUUCUGAUCCUGAAGUGACACCAAGGGGCAAACAUUACUUUGAUUUGUUUUGCCUGAUCAGUGGUCACUGCUUGAAGAGCUGGCCCAGGGCCUGCAGCCUUUUCAAUGUGCCACUGAGUGGUCAAGAAUAUGCAACAUUGUCAUGCCUUCCUCAACUUGCAAAAGGGCUACAGAGGUCUGUGCAACAAUCGCUUAGCUUCGAAACAACACCUAGAAAAGCUUUUUUAGCCAAAGUUUCUAAAGAGUUAACAGAGAGGUGGGGGAAUAUCAACACUUUCUUCAAGGACACUGACACAGUUCCUCUGUCAGCAGCCCUAGACCCAAGAUUUAGAAAGCUUAAGUUUAUGUCUGCCGAACAGAGGAUAGAGGUUCAAAGCAUUGUCGAAGUCUUGGCUAUUAAAGCAAGAAAAGAGUCCUGGAAACCUACAGAAGUAGGGCAGGGUCAGAGUGUCACUGUUCCAAGGUGAGAGGAAGAGUCAGGGCUAGAAAACCUCCUCCAGUCUGACACAGACAGCCUCAGUGAAGAGCAAAAGAUUGCGCUGCGCCGCAACGGCUUGAGGCUGUCUACACAGGACAUGUCGAAACGAACGUUCUAAACAGCUUAUUUGUCUUGUUGGCAGUGGUGCCAGCGCAUGCAGCGUAAAAUAGCCCUUUGUUGUCGGCGCAGUGCGACUUAUACGUCCAGUGUUGACAGCAUCAUUGAUUAUAAUGGGAGCGAUUUGCUUUUGUCGCGUCACACCACUAACUUCUGUUGUAGGCAGGGUGCUAGUGUAUGAAAUUAGUGUAACUGCGCUGAACAAUAAGAAAUGUCAACUUUUGUUAUGCAAUUUCUCUGCAUGAACAGGUUUACAUAUACAACUUUUAAUGUUAAAAAUGUAUAUGUAGAAAUUGACAUUAACCAAGAUUAAUGAAUGUAAAUAAUCUUUUGACACCUGCCACAGUUGUAGUUAAAUGUAUUAAAUUGUUUAAAACUAGACAAUAAAAUUUAAAACUAAACUAUCAAAAUACCAUAGUUACUGUCACUAUUGUAACAUCGUGAUAAAUGUAAGCAAGGGUGAUGUGUAAUUUUUAAAAACUUUGAGGCGCAUUCAGAGUGUUGUCUUUUUUCAUCGUUAGUGCUGAAUAGAAUGUCGGGGCUGUUUGAGAGGUUUGACUUCCUUGAUAGCGCUUUAAACUAUUUUCAGAAUUUCAAUGGUUCUUUGAAGUCUGCACCACCAUAUCAAGGGAAGCCUUCUGAUCAUCAAGGGAAGCCACCGCAAUAUCAAGUGAUCAUUUCUGCACUAUCCCAUCUCUGGAGCGCUGAUAGCAAGGGAAGCCCAGUUUAGCGUGCUCCAGAAUUACACUAGUAUAGAGCAGAGCACAUCACUUGCGCGAGCUUCUGCGAUGUCUUGUGCCACACUUAAGUGAAAACCAGGCUUCAAAUGCACCACGCAAAUGUGUUUAAAGCAUAUCAAGUGCCGGACACCAGCUUCAGCGGCCCAAGAAUGCAAAAUUUAGUCGCAUGUGCUCUAAUUGAAUCGAUCUUAGGAUGUAAGAAUCAAAAUCGAGAUUGCUCAAAUGAAGAUCGCGAUGCAUUGGAAAAUCGAUAUGUUUGCCCACCCUUAAACAUGAACAUAAUAAUUGCUGCAAUCAGUGUCCAACUAUAUGACUUAUCUAUCCAAAAGAUACAGAUAUGGUGGGAAAACAUGCUUUUAAUGGGAUGUUCUCAUUUUGUUGCAAGUAGAGGACUGCACGGGCCAUAAAACGAAACCUGUAUCAGAGAUGUGUGACCGGGCCCUACCUGACCAGUACCGUCAGAUUUUAAGAGCAAAACCAACACUAAACUGCUCACUCUCUUUACAAUUUCUUCUCCAAGCAAGUACUGUUGCAAUUGGCAGUAUUUUAUGUAAGCAUCGUAGGUAAUAGGGUUGUGCCAAUAGACGAUAAUCUCGGGGAUCAAUGACGGUCAGAGUGAUCGCCAAUAGCUGAUGCCUUUGACGAUGGCAAGACGAUAUUUGGCUCGUUUUCCCAUUAAUGUAUUAAAUUAUUAUUAGGCUAUUAUUAUUAUUAUCAAAUUAAUACUAUAAAUAAUUAGACACACUGACAUGCGCUUGAAGAAACACACUUUAUUAUAUUAAGAACAGAUGACAGAAAAGCUGUCUAUGCGCAUGUCUGACGCGCUGUUUGUAUGGAGGCGUACAGUCUCGUGGAACACGCGCAUGUAAAAGGUUCUCACUCUUUCUUUGUUUCUGUCUUCUGAUAUUUUUUUUUUGCAAGAACAAUUUCGUCUAUGAGUGCUGCAAAUGACCUCAGACAUCUCAGCUCAGGAGGUGCUCUGAGUUCAGUUCGCUUUAUUUCCACAGAGCAGUUCAUUGUGAACGCAACUCUGCAGCCUGUAAAAUAAUACAAAAUAUAUAAAAUAAUACAAAAACACGUUCAAAUCUAACCAUGGUUUAUAUAUAUAUAUAUAUAUAUAUAUAUAUAAUUAUAAUUAUUGUUUUUAUAUUUGUAAUUGUUCUUAUGUCUUCAUUUAUGUAAGUAAUUUUCCACCUGCAUGUUUAGACGGAGACUUGCCUGAUGGUAAAUGGAAAGGUGGUUACUUAUAUAUUUAUUACUUCGUUAUUUUAAUUGCUUUUAUGUUUUGUUUGUUGUGCAGUUUGAAUUUAGAAAUGUAUCUGAUUUAAGUUUUUCGCUUUUUAAAUAAAUUUAAUUAAUUUCCAAUGCAAAAUCACUAAAGCAAGAAUAUUCACCGAUCCCUCAGCCGGGGUAAUUGGAUAUUGCAAUUAUAUAUAUUUAUUUAUUAUGAUGAAAGGAAAUAAACAAAUUUAUUCACACACAUGAUGUAUUUUCCCGGCCAAUAAAAUACCUGUCCAGUAGAGAAUGCACAGAUGAAGUAAGUUCUUUGCAAAAGAGAUGUUGCCCUUCACAACUGUCGUAAAGCCAUCUCAAAAAGUUGAACAAUGCACAUUUUUUAUUGCACAAAAUUGUUUCCAGUUUCAUUUGAAUUUUUAGAAAAGUUUGAAAUCAAGGUGUCUUGCUUUAUUGUGUAGGCAUAACCCUAACCCUACUUAACAAAAAUUACCCCAUAUUACCACCUAACGUCCAUCCAGUUUAAACGUGGCUGAAGAUAGGAUGAUCUGACUAUGGAGAAGAUUGCCCAACCCUAAUAGGCAACCUUUGUAACAGUAAAAAUAUACAGAUUUAACAAGGCACAGCAGCCCCUCAGCACACUAGUGCAGAAGGGGAAAAAAAUCCUUGCAGACCUCUAGUUGCAUGGCAAGUACAAUACUUUGAAAAUAGCAUUUAAGGGCACAAAAUAAUA